CCCCCACAGCCUGCUGCUCCAGCUGGGGAGAGAGGGGACUCUCUCCCGCGGCUCCCCCACCUUAGCUCUCAGGGUUGGAACAGUCUCUCCGGAAGGGGAGGGGGCUUGGUUUGGCCGGAGUGAGGUGGGAGUGGAGGUACCCUGCCAUGGAUGCUGUGCCUGGGAGGCAGCCUGAGCCCCAGCCCACCUGCCACUCAGGAUGAGGGUCCGGCCCUGCCUGCCCGCGCUGGGGCUCCCCCGCCCGGCCCGGGUCUAACUGCCCCCGCCCCCAGGCCUCGCCCGGCUCCCAGGACCCCAGCCGGCUCCCCAGCCCCAGGAUGCGUUGAGCCGCCGGGGGGCUGAGGCCGCGUCAACUACAUGCAUGUCCCCCGGGGGCAAGUUCGACUUUGACGACGGGGGCUGCUACGUGGGGGGCUGGGAGGCGGGGCGGGCACAUGGCUACGGCGUGUGCACGGGGCCCGGCGCCCAGGGCGAGUACAGCGGCUGCUGGGCGCACGGCUUCGAGUCACUCGGCGUCUUCACGGGGCCCGGCGGACACAGCUACCAGGGCCACUGGCAGCAGGGCAAGCGCGAAGGGCUGGGCGUGGAGCGCAAGAGCCGCUGGACAUACCGCGGCGAGUGGCUAGGCGGGCUGAAGGGGCGCAGCGGCGUGUGGGAGAGCGUGUCUGGCCUGCGCUACGCCGGGCUCUGGAAGGACGGCUUCCAGGACGGCUACGGCACCGAGACCUACUCCGACGGAGGAACCUACCAGGGCCAGUGGCAGGCCGGGAAGCGCCACGGCUACGGGGUGCGCCAGAGUGUGCCCUACCAUCAGGCGGUGCUGCUGCGCUCACCACGCCGCACCUCCCUGGACUCCGGCCACAGCGACCCCCCGACGCCGCCCCCGCCCCUGCCGCUGCCGGGCGACGAGGGCGGUAGCCCGGCCUCGGGCUCCCGGGGCGGCUUCGUGCUGGCGGGGCCCGGGGACGCUGACGGCGCAUCCACCCGAAAGCGCACCCCUGCGGCCGGCGGAUUCUUCCGCCGCUCCUUGCUGCUCAGCGGGCUCCGAGCAGGCGGGCGCCGCAGCUCCCUGGGCAGCAAACGGGGUUCCCUGCGCAGUGAGGUGAGCAGCGAGGUGGGCAGCACCGGGCCCCCGGGCUCCGAGGCCAGCGGGCUCCCGACCCCAGCGCCGCCCGCUCUUAUCGAGGGCUCAGCCACUGAGGUGUACGCGGGCGAAUGGCGCGCAGACCGGCGCAGCGGCUACGGCGUGAGCCAGCGUUCCAACGGGCUGCGCUACGAGGGCGAGUGGCUGGGCAACCGGCGGCACGGCUACGGGCGCACCACCCGCCCCGACGGCUCCCGCGAGGAGGGCAAGUACAAGCGCAACCGGCUGGUGCACGGGGGGCGCGUCCGCAGCCUCCUGCCUCUGGCCCUUCGGCGGGGCAAAGUCAAGGAGAAGGUGGACAGGGCUGUCGAGGGCGCCCGUCGAGCCGUGAGUGCUGCCCGCCAGCGCCAGGAGAUCGCCGCUGCCAGGGCAGCAGACGCCCUCCUCAAGGCAGUGGCAGCCAGCAGUGUCGCUGAGAAGGCUGUGGAGGCAGCUCGAAUGGCCAAACUGAUAGCCCAGGACCUGCAACCCAUGUUAGAGGCCCCAGGCCGCAGACCCAGGCAGGACUCGGAAGGUUCCGACACAGAGCCCUUGGAUGAGGACAGCCCUGGGGUGUAUGAGAAUGGACUGACCCCCUCAGAGGGCUCUCCCGAACUGCCCAGCAGCCCUGCCUCCUCCCGCCAACCCUGGCGACCCCCUGCCUGCCGGAACCCAUUGACCCCUGGAGGGGACCUGGGUCCCUUCUCCAGCCCCAAAGCUUGGCCCGAGGAGUGGGGGGGACCGGGGGAGCAGGUGGAGGAACUAGCUGGCUAUGAGGCUGAGGAUGAGGCUGGGAUGCAGGGGCCAGGGCCCAGAGACGGUUCCCCACUCCUCGGAGGCUGCAGCGACAGUUCAGGAAGUCUUCGAGAGGAGGAAGGGGAAGAUGAAGAGCCCUUGCCCCAGCUGAGAGUCCCAGGAGGCUCUGAGCCUGAGCCCAUGGCCACUCCAGUCCUGAGAGGCACGUCCUUGAGGAGUCCCGAUGCUGGGCAGCUGACAGAAGAACUCGAGGAGCCGGUUGCAACCGAGAGGCCUGCCCAGCCGGGAGCUGCCAACCCUCUGGUGGUGGGAGCCGUGGCCCUCCUGGACCUCAGCCUGGCGUUCCUGUUCUCCCAGCUCCUCACCUGAGGCUACUUCCUGGCCUAGUUCUGGCUUUGGUUGCUGCCUCUUCACCCCUUUUACCUGCCUUUUUCUCUUUUCCUCUUCCUGGUUGUUUUUUCUAUCUUUCUUUCUCUUAUCCCUUUUCUUUUCUGUCCUUUUUUGUUUUUGUCUCUUGCUUUUUCUUUGUCCCUCUCUUCUUUCAGAUGAUCUCAUUUAUUCUGGAUCUCUUUCUGUCUUCCUCACUCCUUUCCCCACCCAACCCCUUCUCUUUCUCUAGAUUGUUUACAUAUGAAGGGCUUUUCUCUCUCAGAGUUGUUCUCCCCUCUGAGAUACACAAAUCUAAGUCAGACCAUUGCCCCCAUGCCCUCCCCACCUUUUCUUUAGACCUUAACUGCACUGAGGGUGGGAGUUUGGUGUCCUGAGGAGUUUCCUGGAAGCUGAAGUGAAAGGAGAAAGUGGAGAAAGGGUGACUGAAUGUUGGGCCAGACUUUGGCUGAGCUGCUGUCACUCCCUGACCCAAGAGGCCUGCUGUCCUUCUGAGAUAUAGUGAAAACCUGGAGGAGGUUUCAGCCUCCACCUCUUACCUUGGAUCUUAUCUCACCUCAGAGCAUUGAGCUAGGUUCUUGCCUAACUGAAUCCUUCCCUGAAGGAGAUACAGAAAGUGAAAAGUAGAAUGAUUCCCUAGCAUCUUCCUCUUUCUUUCCUCAAUAGCCAGCCCCUCCGCCAACCCCCUAUGGUGGCAUGCCAAAAGCAAUGUGCAAAGGACCAAGAAAUAUCCAAUGCAACGAAGCCCACCCCCUCCCAAACUUUGCCACUGAUUUUUUCCACCCUUCUAUCCCCAUACAAGUUUAUUUGGUUGGUCUGGACUCACAUGUGGCCUUUGAUUAAAUCCCUAAGGGGCCUGAAGAAGGCACUUCUAUUGUAGAGGAUUAGAGGUACUUGAGCAAGGGCUCCCCAACUCUGGCGUGAGGGGGGGCACUUCUGGGGGAUGGAACCGAUCAAAAUAAUAUGGAGCUCACAGGGCAGCAGAAGCUGUGACAAGUUUAGUAGUCUCCAAGGGGGUUAUAGCCCUUCCCCCACCACACUGGAAUCUUGUGUAAUGGGAAAGCAACAGGAGGGGAUCAAAGGAAGCUCACAGGCUUUCCAGGCAGGACAGAGAUGGGCAGCCAAACGGUGUGAAGUGAGUGGAGAGCCCUGUUUGAGACUUUGUCUGAUCCCUGGUACCAGCUUUUCCCCUAGGGGACAGGAAGACCUAGGAAGACGGGACUGUAGGGUCUCCAGGGGAUCUUUUCCUCCCUCUCCUGCAUGAGGCAGAGGCAAGCUGCCUGCCAACCCCACCCUCAAGGAAUGGCCUUGCCUGGGAAUGCCCACCACACACCCCUUCUUUUUUUCUAGUCAAACUGUUUACUCCUUGGCCUGCCUACUUCCUUCCUUCCCUCUCAACCUUGACUUCUGAUUUCUAUUUCAUGGAAUUUGGGAUUGAAGUUAAACUACAACAGUGCCGCCAACACCAAGUCUUGCAGGAAAAAAAUACAAAGAAAUUUAACAAAAAAAAAAUAUAUUAAUAAAAAAGUUCAAAAAAGGGGGGGGACUGU